AGAACUUCAAUCUCUAAUCGUAAGGUGCUGGGAACCUCCGUUCUUUGGACUACCAACUCCUUAAAUAUUCCCUCAAUAUGUUACUAGUUCGGAAGUCCAGAGAGCAGGAUAGUUAGUAACAGCCUAUUGAAAUGGCCAUCAAACAGGAUCUAGAGAGUGGCGAGCAGGGUGUACAAGAACAGAUAACAGAGCCACUCAUACAGCAAGAGAAGAGCCUGGCUAACAAAGGAGAUGGAUUCGGUUCAGAUCAGACCGGCAAAAGUAGCCAACAGCAAGUAAGGAUGGUUUAUCUCAGCACCUUUGUUGCAGUCUGCGGUUCAUUUGAAUUUGGAUCCUGCGCAGGGUAUUCAUCACCUACUCAGACAGCUAUCAGGGAAGAUCUCAAUCUCUCUCUUGCAGAGUACUCAUUGUUUGGCUCCAUUUUGACUUUUGGUGCAAUGAUUGGAGCGAUAACGAGUGGACCGAUUGCUGAUUUCAUUGGUCGGAAAGGGGGAUUGAGAGUAGCUACAGCUUUCUGUGUUGCAGGAUGGCUAGCAAUUUACUUUGCUAAGGGAGCUUGGCCACUAGAUAUUGGAAGAUUGGCAACGGGAUACGGAAUGGGAGUCUUUUCCUAUGUGGUACCCGUUUUUAUUGCUGAAAUUACACCCAAGAAUCUCCGGGGAGCAUUGACAGCCGUCAAUCAGGUCAUGAUUUGUGCUGGGGUAUCUGUUGCCUUCAUAAUAGGGACUGUUCUCACAUGGAGAGCAUUGGCAUUAACUGGACUGGUCCCUUGCUUUGUACUACUUGUGGGUCUAUUUCUAAUUCCAGAGUCUCCGAGGUGGCUGGCGAAAACUGGACAUCAAAAAGAGUUUGAAGCUGCACUGCAGAAACUUCGUGGCAAAGAUGCUGACAUAUCUGAAGAGCUCAAUGAAAUUAAGGAUUAUAUAGAAACACUCCAAAGCCUUCCGAAAGCCAAAAUUUUGGAUUUGUUCCAAAGAAGAUAUCUACUCUCAGUCACUAUAGGAGUUGGAUUGAUGGUCUUUCAACAAUUUGGUGGAAUCAACGGCAUUUGUUUUUAUGUUAGCAGUAUUUUUGAGUCAGCAGGAUUUUCUUCCAAUAUCGGGACUAUAACAUAUGCUUGUCUUCAGGUUGUGGUUACCGUACUAGGUGCAACUUUGAUAGACAGAACUGGAAGAAAACCCCUUCUCCUGAUUUCUGCAUCAGGACUGGUUAUUGGUUGCGUACUAACAGGGAUUGCAUUUUAUAUGAAGGUUCAUGAAUUAUCACUCAAGGCAGUCCCUGCACUUGCUGUAACUGGCAUACUGGUGUAUAUAGGGUUCUUUUCACUAGGAAUGGGAGCAGUGCCUUGGGUUAUAAUGUCUGAGAUAUUCCCCAUAAAUGUCAAAGGAGUAGCUGGAAGUAUAGCAACUUUAGUGAACUGGUUUGGUGCAUGGACAAUAUCCUACACUUACAACUUUCUUAUAUCAUGGAGCUCUUAUGGUACAUUUGCUCUGUAUGCUGUAAUUAAUGCACUGGCUAUUUUGUUCGUGAUCGUAGUAGUGCCUGAAACAAAGGGAAGAACCCUGGAACAACUUCAGGCUGCCAUUAACAAAUAGAGAAACAUAAACUUUAAAAGCCAUAUUUUAUGCUGUCAUCAGAAGCUUUGAAGGGUUGGAAACCAAAUUUGUUGUGUUUGAAGGAUUGGACAUCAAUUUUGUUUUACAUUUGGCAGGUGAUCACCAUAAAUUUUAUGAUUUUCUUCAAAA